CCGCGCCGGGCCGGGCCGGGGGCCAGCGGGGCUGGGCUGGGUUCGGGCUCACGCCGGUUCGCUUGGUCCCGCAGACGGUGGGGAAGAGCAGCAAGAUGCUGCAGCACAUCGACUACCGCAUGCGCUGCAUCCUGCAGGACGGGCGCGUCUUCAUCGGCACCUUCAAGGCCUUCGACAAGCACAUGAACCUCAUCCUGUGCGACUGCGACGAGUUCCGCAAGAUCAAGCCCAAGAACUCGAAGCAGCCGGAGCGGGAGGAGAAGCGCGUCCUGGGGCUGGUGCUGCUGCGGGGAGAGAACCUGGUGUCCAUGACGGUGGAGGGGCCGCCCCCCAAAGACACUGGCAUCGCCCGUGUGCCCCUGGCCGGAGCUGCAGGAGGACCCGGCGUGGGGAGGGCAGCUGGGAGAGGAGUGCCGGCCGGGGCCCCCAUGCCCCAGGCUCCAGCAGGGCUGGCCGGCCCUGUUCGGGGAGUGGGAGGACCGUCCCAGCAGGUGAUGACGCCCCAGGGCCGUGGAACAGUUGCUGCAGCUGCUGCUGCGGCCACUGCUCGCAUAGCAGGAGCCCCUACGCAGUACACACCAGGCCGUGGGGGGCCUCCACCACCCAUGAGCAGAGGAGCACCUCCUCCGGGAAUGAUGGGGCCACCUCCUGGCAUGAGACCGCCCAUGGGUCCACCUAUGGGAAUGCCACCUGGCCGAGGGGCACCAAUGGGGAUGCCUCCCCCAGGAAUGAGACCGCCUCCCCCUGGCAUGAGAGGUGAGUGGAGGGGUCAUCUGCCUCCCCCUGGCAUGAGAGGUCCCCCUCCUCCUGGCAUGCGCCCACCCCGACCCUAAGAUGUGCUGUGUUGGCGUUAAGUGAACAGAACCUGUCGCUGGCUGCUCCUGCCCAACUGUGUCUGCGUUUCACUGUGUAUAUUUCCUAUUUAGCGGCUGUAAGAUUUGUCCCUUUUUAAUAAAGUAGGAAACUUUCUAA